AUGGACCCAACACAGAAGUUUAAUCUAACCUUCAUCCCAGAGUCUUCACAAGUGGUCACCGAAGAAACUUACCUGGACGAUUCAGGGGCCUCUCAAAACUUCUCCGAGACAUUGAUAAAGAACCUUAGUCAGCUGACUCUCAACGCCAGUACUGAAUUCCCUUCCCCUCUACCAGAGGGUUCACUCCAUCAGCAGUCUACAGGAGCAGCAGUCCUCAGGGAAAUCGGAGAUGACAGGAGGAGAGGAGCAAGAACAUUGCUGUCUGUGAAGAGAGAAAGGCUGGCAAGAUUCAGAUACAUGUUACUUGGCACAGGUCCUAGGCAGCCUGAAAGAACACUAAUGAACACUGGGCUUAAGGGAGUUAAGAAUGCAUCGAGAAGAGGAAUAUUCAAAUGUCCCUGCAGUUUCUGCGAGUCUAGCGGAUGGGAUCCUUCUGAGAAUGCUAGAAUGGGGAACUAUGACACCAAGCCACUUCAGCCAUAA